CCCCGAGAAGCCCACAGUCACAAGCGAGGAGAAGCAGAAUCGGGAAUCAAACCCAGACCUCUGCAGUUUUUCUUCUUACUAAUUGAGAGAAGACCCACUGGCUGAAUGGCAGCUGUAGAUGACUUGCAGUUUGAAGAAUUUGGUGAUGCAGCCACUUCAGCAGCGAACCCAGGUACCACUACAAUACACAUCGAGGGCCCUAGUGAGAGCCCGACACACCAACCAGGACUCCCCAGAGGCUCCGGAGGAGAAGAGGAUGAUGAGUUGCUGGGAAACGAUGACUCUGACAAAACUGAGUUACUUGCUGGACAGAAGAAAAGCUCCCCCUUCUGGACAUUUGAAUACUAUCAAACAUUCUUUGAUGUAGACACUUACCAGGUCUUUGACAGAAUAAAAGGGUCUCUUUUGCCAAUACCAGGAAAAAAUUUUGUGAGGCUAUAUAUCCGCAGCAAUCCAGAUCUUUAUGGCCCCUUUUGGAUAUGUGCCACACUGGUCUUUGCCAUAGCAAUUAGUGGGAAUCUUUCCAACUUCUUAAUUCAUCUGGGAGAGAAGACAUACCAUUAUGUACCCGAAUUCCGAAAAGUGUCCAUAGCGGCCACCAUCAUCUAUGCCUAUGCCUGGCUGGUUCCUCUCGCACUCUGGGGUUUCCUCAUGUGGAGAAACAGCAAAGUUAUGAACAUCGUUUCCUAUUCGUUUUUGGAGAUUGUGUGCGUCUAUGGAUAUUCGCUCUUCAUUUAUAUCCCCACAGCGGUACUGUGGAUUAUCCCCCAGAAGGCUGUCCGUUGGAUUCUAGUCAUGAUUGCCCUGGGGAUCUCAGGCUCUGUCUUGGCAAUGACAUUUUGGCCAGCUGUUCGUGAGGAUAACAGGCGCAUCGCGUUGGCCACAAUCGGCACAAUUGUGUUGCUUCACACGCUGCUUUCUGUGGGCUGCUUGGCAUACUUUUUUGAUGCGCCAGAGAUGGACCACCUCCCAACAGCUACAGUUGCUCCAAACCAAACAGUUGCAACAGCCAAGUAGCUAAAGAGGAAAUUCUCUUUUCUGUAUUUUGGAGUGGUUCUUUUGGACAUGGCAUCUACUGCAGGAAAGCAGAAUGACCAGGCCAGCAGGAAAACUGAUGGAAUGGCACCACCCUCUGGCAGCUAAAGGUGCCGUGCUGAAGUCUAAUCACCUAAUUUAACAAAAAAUAAUUAAAUGUGGUUCAGUCCAUGUGUCUUUCAGCUCUUCUUUCUUACCUGUCAGUUAUUGUUGGAACUGUACACCGAUUUGGAACAAAAUACAAGGGAACGUGGUAGGUGUGCCUGCCAUUUGCCUCUCGUCCUGUGAUGCCCUUAAUACAUGGAAUGGAUCCAUCCUAACGUCUGAUGACUUUCUUCUGAAUUGUAUACAGAUGUUCCUCUGAGGUGAUACUCUUCUCUCCAAAUGCUUGCCAUCCUAAACUGGCGAAACUGUGUGAACUUUGGUUUGGAUUCAUUGGGAGCCUGAACAUUUGUCUGUGGUGACUUGACACUGGGCAACUGAACCUAAUUGUUGCAAAAUAAAUACCUCAUAGAAUGUCUGUCUGCAUUUCAUGACUUUGACCUCG